AAAUGACCAUGUUACCUAAAUGACCAUGUAUCUAAAUGACCAUGUUACCUACAUGUACCUAAAUGACCAUGUUACCUACAUGACCAUGUUACCUGAAUGACCAUGUUACCUACAUGUAUCUAAAACAGUGUAUUCCUCCUCUGUGUCUCCAGAUCACACUGAGAAGUGCUCCACUAUGCCCGACUCACCUGCGGAUGUGAAAACACAAUCCAGGUUAACUCCAUCCACCAUGCCUCCUCUUCCUCCAACCACACAGGGAGCCCCUCGAACCAGCUCCUUCACACCUACUACAUUAACCAACGGCAACAACAGCCACUCCCCCACGGCGUUAAAUGGAGCUCCCUCGCCACCCAACGGCUUCAGCAACGGACCUAGCUCUUCCUCAUCUUCCUCGCUGGCCAAUCAGCUGCUCCCUUUGGCGUGCGGCGCCCGGCAGCUCAGCAAGCUCAAACGCUUCCUCACAACUCUUCAGCAAUUCGGCAACGAUAUCUCGCCCGAGAUCGGUGAACGGGUCCGCACGCUGGUGCUGGGGCUGGUGAAUUCAACGUUAACCAUAGAGGAAUUCCACUCCAAGCUGCAAGAAGCGACCAACUUCCCGCUCCGACCUUUCGUCAUCCCGUUCCUGAAGGCCAACCUGCCACUCCUACAGCGAGAGCUGUUACACUGUGCCCGUCUGGCCAAGCAGAACCCAGCGCAGUACCUGGCCCAACACGAACAGCUCCUCCUGGACACCUCCUCCACCACCUCCCCCGUCGACUCCUCAGAGCUACUCCUAGACCUCAACGACAACGGCAAGAGGAGAACACCUGACAGAACCAAAGAGAACGGCUUCGACAGGGAUGGCCCCCUGCACCUGGAGACCUCCAGUAAGAGACCCUGUACGAUCAGCCCGGCAGGCCAACGGUUCAGCCCCUCCAACGGUCACCUCCCCUACCAAUCUAACGGCCUGGUCCAUGGACACCCCACGCCGCCCCCUCCCCCACAGCACUACCGGCUGGACGACGUGGCCAUCACACACCAUUACAGAGACUCACCACACUACCGGCACCCCAACCACAACCACCGCGAGCUCAGGGAGAGACCACGGCCACUGGGGAUGCACGGGGCUCGUCAGGAAGAGGUGAUCGACCACCGGUUGACAGACAGAGAAUGGGGGGAGGAAUGGAAGCACCUUGACCAUGUAAGAAAACUGCUGAACUGCAUCAUGGACAUGGUGGAGAAGACGAGGCGUUCUCUCACCGUGCUGCGGCGCUGCCAGGAGGCCGACAGGGAGGAGCUAAACUACUGGAUCAGACGAUACAGCGACGCGGAGGACCUGAAGAAAGGACCCGGCAGGACCCAGAGCAGACAGCAGAGUCCUACAGGACAGGACACCUACACUACAGGUAGAACUAUCUACAUUAUAGUAUAGUACCAGUUAUCAGAAUGGACCCAGCAGGACCCAGAGCAGACAGCAGAGUCCUACAGGACAGGACACCUACACUACAGAGAUUCACCGGGAUCUUCUCCACAGACCAGCGACGACCGGAUACGUACCUGAAGAAAUCUGGAAGAAAGCUGAAGAGGCUGUGAAUGAGGUGAAGCGCCAGGCCAUGUCAGAGCUCCAGAAGGCGGUGUCAGAGGCAGAGAAGAAGGCCCACGAGAUGAU